CGAUCACAUAAUAAAAUCGAGUAAAGAAAAGUAGUCCACAAUCAGCUAUCGUCAUUAACUACAUGUAUUACUAAUCAGUUGGCAUGAUUGAAAAUGUCCAAUUCGUUGAGGUCAAUCCCUGUGCUUUAUCUAGGCAGCCUAAUUUACAAUUAUGAGAAUUCCAAGCUGGUAGAUUCGAUGUGUUCAAUCGCAGUUGAUAUAUAUCCUAGCUAAGUAAGACACGUGCCGAUUUCCGACUUUCUUUUUCCAAUACAAAGACCGUUGCAUUCAUCUAGGAAGACAUCUGUAAAAGCAAGGUUUCGGGACCUCAUCCUUGCCAUUGGAAGAUGUAAGGUGGUCUAAGAAGGAUACAGGUUAUUCAUACCAACUCCGAUUAAACUACAAGCAUUAUUAACAAACGCUUUUUUGGCCUCGUACAUUCUCUCAGCAGUGACAAUCAGAAUUACACGUAUAGAAAGCGGAUGAGAUUUGUCGAAUGCAAUCAGUGAACAACUGCUCUUUACCUUUUAAUUUAUGACGCUGGUAGCAAUGGUGAUCAAUUGUGAAAAACGUGUUGUGAUAGUGAUGCUCUCUGCGCUGACGCUUUUUAAUCGCAUUCAUGGAAGCACCACUAAAAAGGUAUUGGUACUUGCUCCUUCUGCACGCAGCCACCUCAUGCAGGCCAACUCCGUGACUGAUGGCCUGAUAGACAGAGGACAUGAUGUACAUACCAUUGUUGACGUGAGAUUGAAACUCCCAGCAGACUUUUUGCACCCCAAGGUCAAGGUCAUCAACUACGAUAAUGGCGUCGAUGUGAUCUUCAAUACACCGGAGUAUCAGGUGGAUCUCGUUGCGAUGGGGCUGAAGGAUAUGUCAGUAUUUGAAAGACUGAACCUUCUUUCGAAGUUGUAUGGUUUAUUAACGGGAGAGUGCCACAGAGUUCUCGGAAAUGUUGAUUUGUUUGACAAGUUACAAAGAGAGAAAUUCGACUUUGUGGUCAUUGAUGGAUUCAUGAAAUGCUUUUCGAUAUUUCCACACAGGUUGGGCGUUCCUUUCGUUUCGUUCCAAUCGUUCCUCCCUUUUGACAUACCUCACGCAGCACUUCAAGGUCCUCUAUUGAUCCGUGGUCCAUUCGAUGGUCUGCUCACCGGUGAGGAUUCACCGGCCCUCUUGGCAACUACAGCAAAGGUGUUUCUUGUUCUUGCUGGGAUGGAUGCUUCUGCAGAAUACUAUCGGUACUCGAAUAAGACUAUUCUUGAACUGCAGAAAGAGGCCAAACUAUGGCUCUACGACAAGAGCCUUCUUGUGGACAGCCCAAUGCCGGUUUCCCCCAACGUCAUUCGAGUCGGCGGCUUGAACAUCCGCCGCCCCAAGCCCCUAACGGAGGGUAAAUUGAAACACUUCACUGAUUCGGCGGAGGAUGGGUUCAUUCUUGUGUGUUUUGGGAGCUUUGUCCAACACUUUCCGGAUAAGGUGGUUGACACGCUGAUCGAAUCAUUUAAGAAUAUCAGGUACAAGGUUGUUUGGAAGUGGAACAAGUCGUCUUUGUUAUCGCGAGAAGUGCCAAAUAACGUGUUGGUAGUGGACUGGAUCCCACAAAAUGAUAUUCUUGGCCAUCGCAACAUAAAACUUUUUGUAACUCAUUGUGGUGGUAGCGGACUGCAUGAGGCUCUGUACAGCGGUGUGCCAAUGUUGGCAAUACCUCUUUUCGGCGACCAAGUAAUGAACGCCAAAACGAUUACCACACUACAUUUUGGACUGAAUAUUAGAAUGAAAGAUUUAACAAAGAGCCUGCUAGUUUCAAGUAUCAACUCUUUAGUAUCUGAUGUGUCGUUUUCACGAAAGAUUGGAGCGGCUUCGAGAAUAUUCCGGGAUCAGCCGAUGGAUCCGAGGCAGACAGCAGCAUAUUGGAUUGAGCACGUGAUGAAAUAUGGCGCUGAUCACCUUCAAAGCAAGACCAAUGAAAUGUCUUGGUUCAGAAUCCUUAUGAUGGAUGUAUUGUUCGUCGUGUGUGUAGUGUUUCUCGUUUUGUGUGUGUUAAUAGCUGUUGUGUGUCAUAUAGCGUUCAGGAAAUGCUGCCUCAAGAGUAAACCCAAACUCAAGACCAAGAUACAGUGAUUGAAAUAAUACGGUCCGGAUGGCCAGAACUCUGCUUUUAUUGAACCUUUAACGCAAAUGAAUACAACUAUCAUAUAAAGGGUAACAGCUUGAAUAUAUCGUAUGCAGCCCUAUCAGCAAGCAUAAUCGGGGACGCCUGUAGCCAGCACGGGGAACUUCUACGGGAGAAAUGUUCUCAUCUAGUAUAAUGGCAAUAUGGAAUCACUCGGUCAUUUCGAGUGUGUCGCUUUAUUUGCUUCGUUAUAUAUACACUGAUUGGCAAAUUUUUUUUCGCAAUUAAAAGGAUGGCCUAAAUCAGGUCUAUAACAGGUCAACCAACAAUCUUCUGUGGGUCAUAAUAAACUACACAUGUAUGUGAUUGAAUAUACCAAUCGAUACACCGAAUUAGCACAAGCAAGUUUACGUCUGUAGCUUUAAACUGAUCAUUAUAUGUCCAAAUACGCUGUUCAUUGAAAUUCAAAUAUGUUACUGAAGUCAUAAGUCGUGGUCAUGGUGGUUUUUCUUUCUGUUUGACAUUUUGCCACGGAUUCUUAGUAAUGUUCGAUUUCAAUAUGAUAUAUAAAGAGACAGCUUGCCAUUUGCUCAUUCAUUUUCAACCUAAAUCUCGUGCAAUGACCGUCAGUUAUAUCAUCGUUUCGAGACCACAGUUUUACAGAUAGAAUUCCGUUCUCGAUAGAUUGAGACCCUUUCUUCAGAAGACAUCGUCAUGAAAUUUUAACAGAUGAAUAGAUGAUAAGGAGGCUGUAUAUUUGCAGCGAAGAGUACUCAUGUUUUCGCAAAUAAGCGUAGAUGGGGACUGAAAAAGACAAGAUUCGUGAAGUAACCGACGGUCACUACAUGUACCUGCCUAUACAGAGGUAUUCUGCUGUCUGCGCUUAACUAUCAGCUUGGAGGUGGGGGCUUCA